AUGCACCAGACUCUUCGACGGUCCUGCAGCGCCUGCGCCCGCGCAAAGAGUCGCUGCGACCUGCGCAAACCCCACUGCUCGCGGUGCGCCGCCCGCAACGUGCUGUGCGUCUACGCCAACGAGCCAUUGUCGACGACGCCUCCGAGCCCGCGCCGUCACCAGCUCUCCGGCUUCGGCUCCGUCGACCCCUUUGAGACGUAUCCCCAGGUGCGGCUCGGCAAGGACCACGUCCAACGCCUGAUUCAUAGCUUUCUUCACAAAAUUGCCUUUCAGUACUACCCGCUGGACCAUAACCCGCACUCGAACCCGUUCCUCGUGUCGUGGUGGCCGCUGGCGCUGGGGGACCCGGUCCUGUUCCACGUCUCGCUGCAGACGGCGUGUCUGGACGAGGAGUUUUUCGGGCGCCGCGGCUUCCAGACGUCGGAGCAGCUCAUGGCCGACUCGGUCGUCUUGCUGCGGCGCAAGGUGCACGACGUCGCGCUGGCGAUGCAGGACAGCACCAUCAACUCGGUCAUCACGCUCGCCACGAUAGAGUAUGGCAAGGGAAACAGAGAGGCUGCGCAGAUGCAUGUCGCGGGAGCAAAACGGCUCAUCGACAUGCGUGGUGGGCUGCAGGCCGUGAUGCAGACGAGCCCUUUGACGGCGCGCAUGGUCAGCUGGGUGUCGAUGCUUAUUAUAGGGGCUCCCCAGUUUGAAACGCAGGAUGAAGACGGGAACGGUGACGGUAUUAGUCCGAUUCCAGAAUGGUCCAUACCUCGCUUCGUCGAACCAAGCGCUCUCUCAGAAGCAGACGUAGAGCCGGAGACGUGGAACGUCUUCGCCCACCUCUACGGUAUAUUCCACCGCGCCAACCGCAUACCUCUCCCCCUCCUGCGCCUUCACGACCUCACCUCCUUCGUCAUCCACCGGCUCCUCUCCCCUUCUUCGCCGCCAGAGCCCCCGCCGUCCCCCCUCCGGUCCGACUGCGUCCGCUGCGGGAUCAUACUGUACAUGCUGCUCCUGCAAGGCCCAAUUUACUACACCCACGCCGCAAUCCUGCGCAAGACGACAGCUCGGCUCGUCGCACAGCUGCCAGCCGGCGGCGGCGCGUCGGGUGCGCUGGAGCUCUGGCUCGUCGCCGUCGGCCUGGUGGCGUCACACGACACGCCGUCGUACGGGACGCUGCAGGACAGGGCCCGCGCAUUGUCGGCGCUCCUGGGGCUAUCGUCGUGGCACGAGGCGUCUGCGCUGGUCAAGAGUGUCCUGUGGCUCGAGGCGCCGGCGACGGAAUACGUCUUUCAGAGUCACUGGGACACGGCUCUUGGGCACGACUGCCCGCUGGUGACGUUUGGCCCGGUACAGAUUGCACCGUUUGUGACGAGCAGUCCAGAGAACAAGGUAGAUAUGUAG